UUUGCCGAAGCCUGUGACCGAGCGGGAGCGGAGCGGAGCGGCCGUUGUUGCCGACUCUUUUCUCCUCCUCCUCCCCGCGGUCCCAGUCAGCGGGGUUCAUUUGGCCGUCGGCCCUCGAGCCGAGACUUUCUCUCUUUAGUUCUGAGGAGAACGCCUGGUCGACAUGAGUGAUGUUGAGGAGAACAACUUCGAGGGCAGAGAGUCUCGCUCUCAGUCAAAAUCUCCAACGGGAACUCCUGCUCGUGUAAAAUCGGAGAGCAGGUCUGCAUCUCGUAGUCCGUCACGGGUUUCCAAACACUCUGAAUCCCAUUCUCAGUCAAGAUCAAAAUCCAGGUCGAGAUCCAGGAGGCAUUCUCAUAGACGCUACACUCGAUCCAGAUCCCACUCUCACUCUCACAGGAGACGAUCUCGAAGUCGAUCAUAUACGCCAGAGUACCGGCGGCGAAGGAGCCGAAGUCAUUCUCCAAUGUCUAACCGCAGAAGACAUACAGGAAGCAGGGCCAAUCCAGAUCCCAACACUUGUCUUGGCGUUUUUGGCCUCAGUUUGUACACAACAGAGAGAGAUCUUCGUGAAGUAUUUUCUCGGUACGGACCGUUGAGUGGUGUCAAUGUGGUUUAUGAUCAGCGAACUGGGAGAUCACGAGGAUUUGCCUUUGUUUAUUUUGAGAGGAUAGAUGACUCAAAAGAGGCUAUGGAAAGAGCCAAUGGAAUGGAGUUGGAUGGGAGAAGAAUUCGUGUGGAUUAUUCCAUCACCAAGAGAGCGCACACACCUACACCAGGCAUCUACAUGGGCAGACCAACUCAAGACUCAUUCACACUGGCGUGUAUCUCGCCCUUUCCUGCAGCAGUGGUGGUGGCGGCGGAGGUGGUGGAGGCGGUGGAGGCGGAGGUGGUGGGAGACGCCGGGACUCUUACUAUGACAGAGGAUACGACCGUGGCUAUGACAGAUACGAAGACUAUGAUUACCGGUACAGAAGAAGAUCUCCAUCUCCUUACUACAGUCGAUACAGGUCACGGUCAAGAUCUCGUUCCUAUAGCCCAAGACGCUAUUAAUGGAAUUGUUGCAGUUAAGGACUUUUUUUGCUCAUUUUAAUUCUGGAUUUCCUCAAGCUUCUAAUCCUUCCUGGUCCAUAAAAAAUUUUAUUUAGCAUCCACACAUUGUGGUUGUGUUGCUGUUUUUCCACCCUUUUUGUUUGUACUCUUAAAGAAGUAAUUGUCAUUUUGAGUAGUUAAAUAUCUUGAGUAAAAA